GUAUAGUAUGCGAAGAUAUACAUAAAAAUAUGUUAUGUGUACCACAUUAUAAGUUUAUUACCAUAUAGUGACUUAAGUCUAGACUAUAUGACUAAACUUUCCUUAGCCAAUAAAUUAUAAGACAAUAAUCAAAUACAAUAUGUUCACACCUGCAAACCUGCUGUAUUGUAUAAUUAGUCCAACUUCUUAUGUUUGCAACACUUAUUAUACUGUGUGAAUGAAUAAUUUUUAGUGCUUAUGAACAAAAAUUCUAUAUCGAGAAAAUAAAAGACAAAAAAACACGCGAGCUGUUAGUUGUUAGCGGGAAGAUUCCUCACUGGCACCAAUUUCUCAUAACAAUUAAAAAGAUAACAUAUCUUAUUCAUAUGCAAUUAUACAUAAUUCUGUAUUGUACUUCAUAUUUCCUUCACUACUUUUUCAGACAAAUAUGUCUAUUUUUUUAUUUCAAAACAAAUAAUCUGAAAAUAAAUGAAAAAUUCUAGAAAAUAAAAAAUUACGCCCUCUUAAACCUCAGUUACAAAAAAAUGACAGAAGUUGACAUCAGUAACCCUUCCCUGCUUCGAAAUGUCGACCCAAUCAAGAAAGCUGUUUAUGAUGAAGAAAGCACGCCACAAUUUAACAUCGGGCAUCUGCAUGAAGAACCACCCGCUGACCUUUUUACGUGGGCCGAAAAGGAACGCGGCAAAAAGUCAACGUACGAGAUGAUUGGGCAACCACUGGAGGGCGGGGAGCAAUGGGAGCUUGAUGUAAGACCGCUCAUUAGCUCCAACAAGUGGUUACAAGUCCACGGACUGCAAAGAAACCGAUUGUCAAUGAAACAAAUUUUGUCUCAAAUUGGAUUUAAACACACUGAAACAUAUGUGGAGACCCUGGGAAAACCCGUUGGGUCUUACUAUGGGUUGGGAUUGUUUCAACAAUUUCAAAGAAAGGAUGGAAAACUAUACAACAUCACUGUGGGCCGUGAAAAACUGAAACAAAUUGAAGAAAGUUUGUUGCGAGCUUCACAUCUGUUCAAAAGGAGGCUGGAGUGGUUGACAAACGGAAGCAGGAGGAUAUUUGGAGUCAUUCAGGAGCACAGCGUGUGUUUGGUUCUCGAUGUAUCAACCAUGUCCCAAACACAGUUUGAUCUUUAUAGAGAAUCAUUAUGUGAAGUGAUAAGAGACCAAGUAUCUCAGCUUGCUAAGUUUAACAUGAUCAAAGCACAGGCAGACAUGGAGAUGUGGCAUGAACAAGCGAUGCCUGUUACCGAGGUAACCAUAAAGAGUGCCAUCGAGUGGGUGCAGAAGUUAGAUAGAAUGGCGGAAAGUUCUAGAACUGGUUGCACUGAGAGUGUCUUGAAAGCUAUGGAAGAUGACACGUUGGAUGCAGUUUAUUUAUUUGCUGAGGGCGACGUGUUUGAAACAUCAAAGGAGUUGUUGAGACAGAAAUUAGUUGGAACUCAACACCCUCUACAUACUGUCUCAUUCAACGCAGCAAAAGGCGGAACCAUUAAGUUUCUUAAAGAAAUAGCUGCUCAAACUAAUGGAAGAUUCCAUGCGUUUGUGGUGAAAAGUAUUUACGAGGAGGACGCUGAUGCGCUCCCUGCCAACGCUGCUCCCCCCGGUGGUGAUGCUGCUCGGAUUUCUGUGCGACUCUCGCAGAAAGCAAAAGGAGGAAUCCCAGCAGGAUCCGGAGUGAGAGAGGAUGUCUUCAGGAUCUGGUGCGAGCUAGAGGAAUCGAGGAACAAUCACGCUCAAAUCCAAACCUUGCUCGCUGAGAUUCCUGAAACUGUGUCAGAAACAGCUGUGGUGGACCGGCCUGUACAAACAAACCGACAAGAGCAAUAUAUGAGUUCAAAGGAAUGGCUGCAAAGACAUGGACUCGAAGCACAAAAGGUGACGGCAUUCCAAGCACUUGCUGCAUGUUCAUUCAGACACGUAGAUGGUGUGGUGGACCUUAAAGGGAAGCCGGCACCCAACACUCAGACAUCCGAUGCAGAAAACCUUCGAAAGUUGGUGAAUGCUAAAUAUUGCCAUCAGUUUGCGCACACAAAGUGGAAAGAUGGGACCGUGGUUCACGUUCAUAUUACUGCUGAACAACAUAGAGUAUUUGAGAAGAAAAUGAAAACAACUUUAGAUGCAAUACAGCAGAGAAUUGACUGGUUGCAACAAGGCAGUAGAGAGGUGUUCGGGACAAUACUUGAAGAACAAGUUUAUAUUUUGAUUGACACUUCACAAUCUAUGAAAGACAAACUAAGUAUGGUUAAAGAGAAGAUCUUCCAACUAAUGCAGGAACAACUACGACACAAGAGCAAGUUCAACCUGAUCAAGUUUGACACAAAAGCUCAAGCGUGGAGAGAUAGAGUGGCUGAUGUCACCGAACAAAACCUGCUGAAUGCAUGGAACUGGGUCAAAGACAUUGGUGUUGGUGGUAGCACUAACACAUUAGCAGCCAUAAGGAUUGCAUUAUCUGACCCGCACACCCAUGCUAUAUACCUGCUUACUGAUGGAAGACCUGACCAGCCUCCUCAGAUGUUUUGGACUUUUCUCCAGAACCCACGCUCCAUACUUGCCCAAGUACAACUGCAGCAUCCUGUUCCAAUCCACACCAUAGCAUUCAACUGUAACGACCACGACGCAAACAAAUUCCUCUACCAGCUAUCUUCAGACACCGGAGGGCGGUAUCAUAACUUUUCAACCAAUGGGAGCCUAGCUGAUGGCCCGCCCCCAUUUGAGAGCGAAGAUGUGUCUUUGCUGAAAAAAGAACUGGGAAAAGGAAAACGAGAUCUGGAAAAAGUUUCAAAACUCCGAGCACGAUGUGUGAUGUUAGAUUGGUAUCAUAACAAGAAGCACAAGAACACAAACUUUGAUCAGUCUUCAUUCUCAUCUUCCACAACCUCCAUUAUAUCUCUUGCAUCAUCUACAAAGAAUCACAGAAGAAUCAAAUCAUCUUCAAGUCUUCCCCAGCGACCACACAGUGCUCUUGCAAGGAGAGAAGACAGCGAUAGCGACCAGUUACCCGCACGUCCCCAUACCAGUUUAGGGUAUUCCCCUUCACCCCCAGCAACAUCGAUCGCCCACAAAAACCACCGAGGCAGAACAGGGGUGAAUGAUUUAGAAAUAAAGCGAAGACAAUCUAGAAGAAAGCUACAAAGUACAGGUCAGAACCAAGCUGGUCACACGAAGACAAGUUUGUUACGUUUGGCUUCCCAACCUCACAGUGAAGUGGAUGGCUGGAUGUUGCCCGAAUCAAAAGACUUCAUGGAGAAACAGAUUUCAAAAUCAAUGGAAGCUUAUCAAGAUAUCAUGCGUUUAAAGGCAGAAGCAAAGAGGAAACCUAAAAAGAAGAAGAAACCAGUAAAUUCCCUUGAUAUUCCAAACACGAUCUGGUUAAAGAAGAAUAGUCUUGUUGCUCGUAAACUCACAGUGAUGGAUGUCCUUACGCCAACCAUUGUGAGGGUAACACCCAAAUAUAUACCAGUGUUAGACACCCAUGUUGUUUCCAAAGUAUUUAAUGAUGUUUUACCAAUAGCCCACGUAUCCCCGCGUACCAAGAAAGAAAUCCGAUUGGUCAAUCCAUCAGCAGUUGAUUUGCCUGGUUAUGACCAGAAGUUACAAGCUACCAUACAAGAAUAUAAGACCAGGCUGGAUCUUAUUGUGUGGAGAAAGCUGUCGCAAGAAGAAAGAGAAAAGUUUGACAACAAACCAGUGUCUUACCUUGAUAACACAGAUGCGAUAGGACAAGCCUUCGAUAGAAUGGGUUGGCCAAUAGAAGAGAGUGACCUCCAACUAUUAGUAGAUGAAAUUUACUUAGGCGAGAAAUAUCUACAGCAAUCUACUGAUCUUCAACGCACAGCUAAGCAGCUCGCUAUGGGAGGAAAGAGCAAGAAAGAGAAUAAGAGUAAGAAGAGGAGAGAGAGCAGUGAGGAGGAAGUUAGAAGUCAAACAUCGGAAACAUCUUCAAGAUUCAGUGUAUUUAAUGUGUCUCCCCAACGUAUGGAAAAGGAAAAGCGAGAAAGGUCGAAAAGUCGAAAUAAAUUUAUCGACAGAUUUCGUGGGCAGAAUGUAAUUGCUCGUGAUGAAUGCGAUGGUUUCUACUACGCUGGGUUGGUGAAACGUUGCACGGACGCACGACAUGCAUUGGUGGAAUUCAACCAUGGUGAAGAAGCAAAUAUUCCAAUGAGAUUUGUCAUUGCUAUGACUGGUGCAGUGUCAUGCCCACCACUCAAGGUUGGAGAUUAUGUUCUUGCAUUGAAUGAAACAAACCGGAACGUUCCAUGUUAUAUUCCUGGGAUGGUGAUUGGAACUCCUAAAAGAUCACAGGUACGAGACAAGUUUUUCACGAUUCUCAAUUAUGACAACACAAAGAGUUCAUUGUUGCGCAAUAAGUUGGUAAAGAUAAGCGAGGUCCGAUAUUCGUUUGCGACGCGUUACAUCGAACGUGCAAACCUAACUGAUGAUAAAAUACCUCCUGUGGAUUUUAUUCGAGCAAAAGAAAUAGAAUCGAGUUCAAGUAGCUCAGAUUCUGAGAGUGAAAAAGAUUCAAUUUCUUCUUCUUCUUCCUCUCCAUCUUCCACAACAUCCACAUCACGGUCGGGAGUAACGAGGGAUGAUGUCAGCGAUCUUCGAGACACGCUUCAGCAACUUCAGUCACGGAUGGAUGACCACACAACAGAGCAACGAAAACAAAGAGAAAUUCUUGAAAAACAAUCAAAAGAUUUUGAAGACGUGAGAAGAGACAUCAAGAUAUUUGCGGAAGAUGACAAAGAAAGAAACAAGCCUGAGGUGGUGGUAAAGGUGCACGAGGCAACUAACACUGAACCGGUGACACCUGACACGGUGACAACAGGAACACUGACUGAGGUUUCACCAAUACAUGAAGAUAUUACUCCAACUGAAAACCCUAAACCAGAAACAAGUGAAGAUGAUUCUCAAACCAAAGUAAUAUUUGAUGAAAAAGGUCCCGCUGUUGUUGUGACAAAGUUGGACACAGGAUUGCAUAUUUCGCGCUCACCCCCAGAGAUAAUCCCAGAAGGUUCAGCAGUUGUACGCGAGUUAUCAGCAAAACUAAAGCCUGGAGAUGAAGUAUUGGCGCAUAGCACUGAUGAUGGAUGGUACUACAGAGGUUCCAUACAGCAAGGAUAUCCCGACAACAGUUACGACGUGCUUGACUGCACUGGGUUGGUACAGAAAACUUUCCGAGAGGAUUUAAUAACAGAAGCUGAUGAUGCUGAUAAUAUUAUAGAGGAGGGCGAUUGUUUGAUCAGUUUACAUCCUCGUCAUCCAAAUAUGUACGCACCCUCUAUUGCCAUCAAGUGUCGGGAAGAUUCAUGGACUAAAACUCGUUUCUACGACAACACUGAAGCAAACGUGCCAAGAGAAGAAGUUUACAAGAUCCACCCCGAUAAACACAAGUUAGAUGUGGAUUAUAUAGUUAAUUGUGAGAAGAGGUGGGUGGGGGAAGCAGUGGUGGCAAGGACAGACGCAAACGGACAAUUUAACCUGGCUUCUUGUAAGAAAAGAGUCGGCAACGGACAUCAAUUCUUAAUCCAGUGGUCAGAUGGUAGUUCUAGUGUGCAAGAUCUAACUUGUAUGUUUGGUGCUUAUAACAGGCGAAGGGACAUCAAACCUGGUGAUUGUGUCAUAGCAAUAGUUGAUCCAGCCAAUCUAACAUACCUCCCCGGACGUGUUGCAAGUCAAUAUGAAAACAAACUCAUUGUCAACUUUUGCAAUGGAAUCAGAUCUCAACACGUGAAUGAACAACAAAGCUUUUGGAUAUCAAGACAUUAUUACGAUCUUUCGGUUGCUUUUUAUAGAAGCAAGCAGUUCACAGAUUAACUUCUAUUUUAAUUAAUAAAUAUAGUAUGGUGGGGAAAGACGUGUCACCUUUUCAUUCUAUUUUUGUCCCAUUUGGUAGUAAACAAAGAAAAUUCAAAGAAUUAUAAAACCGCAUCCUCACGACUUCAAUAGACCAAUAUUAAUUGUUUAAAACACGAUCAGGAUAUUUGAAUAUUAUGUGAGCUAAAGGUGUCCCAUCUUUCCCCACCCUGCUAAAGCUAUAUUUGCUAGUGUUAGCUAAAAACUUGUGUUUUAGAUUUUUUUUAAUUUUGUAUCUUAGUUUAUUUUAGAUUGUGUAAAAUUUAAUUUAAUAAUUUUAUCAACCAAGCAUUAUGUGUAUCUGAUAUUGGUUGGAUAGAUUAUGUUUUUGUUAAAAAAGUUUUACAGUUAAAUAUACAGGUGUUUUUGUACACUAGUAGUUACAAUAACACAUCUGGUGCUUAUUGUUGCACUUGGUAACUUUUAUUGUUUGAAUUUUAUCUUUACGAUUUUGACAACCCAUUAGUGACCUCUUGGUUUAAAGUUUUUCUUUUUUUGUCCAAAAACCAACAAAAAAAUAUUAAAGGUUCUGCCUACCCAAGACACCCUUAUACAGUAGGCUGCACCAUCUACCCAACACAUAAAUUCAGUAUUUUGUGUUAUUAAAAAUUUAUUUUGUGUAGUACUGGUAGCGCACUGUAAUACAUUUAUUUUACCAUUUAUUCAACACAUAAUUUCAACUUUUUGUUUAUCAUGAUUAUGAUUUUAUGUAGUAUUAGCAGCGCACUUUAAUUUACGUACUUCAGAUUAAAACCACACAUUGUGUUAUAUUUUGUUAAUUUCUUUCUCAACAAUGUAUUAUGCGUUGCACUGUUUUGUGUUGGUUGUCAUGCUGUCAAUUCCGCACUCACUGUCUAUGUUUACACAUACAAUAUUUGUUGUUUACCUUCCAA